UAUAGAGGCUGGUGGUUGCCAUGGCAAUGUAAAGAGUAGGCCGCGGCUUUUGAUUAUUGAGUGGGAGCGCGGAUGUGGCACGAACAGAAUCACCGAGCGUGCAAACACUCGGAAAAUUUUGCUGUCUGAUGGGAAUUGGAUGUUCUUGAGCCCCAUGCCCAAGAAAUGGCAGUCUUCCUGAAAUCAGGAUCUCUAGUAACAGCCAAUUGGCUCAACACUGUGGACGGCCGGGAAUAUCUGGCCAGUAUCUUGCGCAGAAACAGGAGAAAAGUGUUUGGAUUGCUUGAGCGGCCGGUGCUCCCACCACAGGUUGCACCUGACACUGCUAGUUACAAGAUCUUUCUGUCUGGGAAGAGUGGAGUAGGAAAAACAGCAGCAAUUGCAAAGUUCGCUGGUUUAGAAAUUUCCAGUGUUCAUCAUGAGACCACAGGAAUUCAGACAAGGACAGUUUAUUGGCCAGCAAAGCUGGUGGAGAGCGGUCGAGUGAUAAUGUUUCGCUUUCAGUUCUGGGACUGCGGUGAGGCCUCACUGAAGAAGUUUGACCACAUUCUUGCUGCCUGCAAGGACAAGGCUGACGCCAUCUUGUUCCUUUUCUCCUUCACUGAUCGGUCAUCAUUCGACGAUUUACCCAGUCAAAUGUCACGAGUCAUGCAUGAUUCUGAGAAGAUUAUUAAAAUUGUUAUUGGCACAAAAUUUGACCAAUAUAUGCACACAGAUGUCACUGAGAGGGAUCUUCGUGAUUUCCAGAAGACAUGGCAUCUGCCUGUCUUCAAAAUAAAGAGCAUCAAUGGUCCACGAUUGUCAGAUGGAAAAACUCUUGAUGGCAAAGCAGGGCUGCUGGAGGUAGAGCACAUACUGAAUGGAGUGGCUGAACAGCUCUGGUACCAAGAUCAAGUGACAGCAGGACUUGUCCCUGCACCACACCACCGUUGAGAGCCUUUCAGCCCUUGCUGAGGUUACUACAGCCACUCCACUGGAGCACAGUCUUCUUAAUCUAUGUCUACUUGAAGGUAGUGACCUGUAAACACUGGGCUAAAUGUGUUGGGUUUGUCCCACAACCAUCACCAUGCUCCUACUCCUGCAGUUCCACGAAUGGCAGCCAGUGUUCAAACGGGUGUGAAAGUUUUCUCCAGUCUCUCAGCUGGCAACAUUCAGCAAGAGGCUUCGGGAAGAGAAGUGCUUCGCCUUAAGGCAACUACAUGACUUAAAAUCUGUUCAGCAUGGGUGAAUGUUGACAUUCUGAGCUGCCACAGACUGUCUGCCACACUUAGCCAGCUGCUAACUGUAGAGUUAAUUACCAUGACCAGAAGAUGGGUACUCUCCAUUUCUGUGCAGUUUCGCACCAAACCAUAUUUAUUGAAUGGGUUAAGUUCAUAUGCAAGUUGGUACCUGCAUUGACAGGUUACAGACCUGUGAAACCCAAUUUAAAAGUUCAGGGUCUGAAAGGGACUUUAAUUAAAAAUCAGCUAGGAGUAAAGGUUGCAAUCUCUGGAAAAGUUAGCAAUCUUUACACCACCUGCAAGGAAAUGUGACAUUUUUAUAAUGAGAUGGACCCCAAGGUAUAUAGUGCCACUGUAUUGUGCUCUGAACUUUGGUCCUGAUUUCCAGACCAGUGAUUGGCAUAACCCAGGGCUGCACAGCAAUUAACAGGGUCCUAAAUGUACAAUUAUAAAUUGCUGAUCACUACAAAAAUAUCUAUAAAGUAAAAUAGGUUGGCAAAAGGGAGACUCUUUUUCCAAGCAUUAGGAUCCUUAGAUUUUUUUGUUCCAUUUCACCCCUUUCCUCUUGAGGGGAUGAACUCUUGUUGGGGACUGUUGGCGCAGCACCUAGUGGCCCAUAACUCCUCCAAGGAUAUCUUCCUGAGAGCUGGAUUACUAAGUGUUGGUAGGGUCUUCAAUUAUGGAGGGCAUCAUAGUCCAACUUGAACUUGUACUUGUUUAAUGUCUACACAUUGAUAAUGCUGGAUAGCAGGAUGUGGAACUUUGGCUGAUUUCCCACCACCAUUCCCACUCAACCAACAACUCCCUAAUCCAGAGACUAGGGCCAAUUGUGCCCGGGCAUGGAUAAGCUAACUCAACACAGACCAGGAUCAAUCCUAGGAUGUUGCUGGUCUGUAUGGCUCAGUAUUGCACCAAUGUUUCUUUUAGACAUUAUGCAAUCAGGGAUGCUGGAAAUUUUACUGAUUUUAACUCAAGGAUUUGACAGUUAGUUCCAUUAUCUAGCAUGCUGUGUUGUCAUUGGAAAAGUAUUGUGGUUGUGUGUCCUUUGUGAAGACACAGCCGAGUGUUCCUGACCACAAUAAUACAUUCUAUCGAAUAGUUAUAAGUACAGGAUGUUAGUGGGACAGGCUGCUUGAGAUCUGAGUCAAUAGAAGAAGCCCAAUAAAGGUGUUCAGUUCCUGCUGCACAGGAAUCAGUUGUUCCCAUUGCAAUGAGUUUUCGUAUUAGUGUUUUAUCACCCAACAGCUGUCUUGCAGCCUCUUGUUGAAAAGUUAAUGCCUGCAUUACAUUGCACAACAGUGCUUUAAAUGAAUAUUGGAGAGAGUAGCAUAUGUUAUUUGAUACUUAAUCUGUCAUUAUAUUUCCUAGCUGAAACUUUAUGAUCAACUUAAUUUGCUUUAUAAAUAGUUGAGAAAGGAUCAGUGUGCAAUGCACAUUGCAGGAAAUAGCACAUCAUGUGAAACUACAGACGGAGAUCUAAUAGUAUUUAAAAAGGUGAUCAGAUGAUGGUUAAGACCCUAAUGCAAUGUUCAUUCAGGACUGCCACCAUGGCUUCAAUCUGCCUGGAAAUCAUGGACAAGGCAGGUCAGGAGAUGGCCAUUUCUAGUACUCCUUAAAGGGACCUGAGUUGCAAUAGGUAAAUCUAAAAGCAGAUUUGUGUCUAAUUUUUCAUUAAUACUUUUGGAAAUUUUGAGCCUUAAGGUAUCCUUAAUUUCAAUGCUUUGCUGCUGCUGUUGCCUAUUAAAUUUCUCUGAUGCUGAAAUUAGCUGCUCCAUCGUCCUCCCCCCCGCCUCUUUUUCAAUCCCCAGGCUCAUGAUCUGUGUCUGCCCUACAAGAUUUCCUGCUCUCCAAAACAGUUGAACUGCUUAUAAUCAGUGCGAUCAGCUCACUAAGUCAGUGCUAAUGACAUACAACCAUGAAACCAUGGCCUACUUUUGACUUCAGCUGGGCAGGGUAGAUAUCCUGUCACCCUGUUUAGGCUGGAGGUGAAUAUUGGGCUACAGAGUCAAAAGUAAAGGAUUCGUGUACUAAGAUUUUAUUUGCUUGAGGAAACAUUUAGGUUAAUGAGUAUUUAUUUGAGCCUGCUAUUGCUUCACCCUCAAUGCCAAAAUUCUCCACUGAAUAGUUCCACACAAGUGCUAGGUAAUGACCAUGUCCAACAAGAGAGAGUAUAACAUUUCCCCUUGACAUUCAGCAGCAUUACCAUCACUGAAUUCCCCACUAUCAACAUUCUGGGGUGCAUCAUCAAUCAGAAACUUAAAUGGACCAGCUAGGCAGAGAGGGUAGUGUUAUCAUUGCACUAGUAAGCUAGUGGCCCAGGCUAAUGAUCUUGGGGCAUGGGCUCAAAUUCCCAUGGCAGCUGGUGGAAUUUGAAUUUAAUUCAUAAAUCAGGCAUUUAAAGCUAGUCUCAGUAACGUAGAAAAUAGGAG